ACUGUGUUUCUGAGCUGUCAAUACGAGCACAUGGUUUGUUGUCGAUAGAAACAAACGGCGACGACCAAAAGCCCGAAAACUUGUGCCGGUCCGAUUGUGAAAACGUGUGUUAAAAGUGAAUAACAUUAUAAUUCCUCGUGCUGUACACGCGACAGUUUAGGUGCUAAGCUAAUACGCAUAAUCAACCAGAAACAUGGGAAAGAAAGGAAAAGUAGGAAAGGAUCGGCGGGAUAAGUUCUACAAACUUGCCAAGGAGUCUGGGUACAGAUCGCGUGCCGCCUUUAAGUUGAUCCAGCUGAACCGACGCUUCGGAUUUUUGCAGCAAUCGCAAGUAUGCAUCGAUCUGUGUGCUGCUCCCGGCGGUUGGAUGCAGGUGGCCAAGCAGAAUAUGCCGGUAUCCAGCAUCGUGAUCGGUGUGGAUUUGCACCCGAUCAAGAAUGUACCGGACUGUAUCAGCCUUAUCGGUGAUAUUACCACCGAUAAAACUAAGUCAGAUUUGGCAAAGGAGCUGAAGACUUGGAAGGCGGACGUUGUGUUGAACGAUGGUGCUCCGAAUGUGGGUAAAAACUGGCUGCACGAUGCAUAUCAGCAGGUCUGUUUGACGCUUAGCGCUGUUAAGCUAGCCACACAGUUCUUGCGACCGGGUGGUUGGUUCAUCACGAAGGUUUUCCGCUCGAAAGAUUACAACGCACUGAUCUGGGUACUGAAGCAGCUGUUCCGCAAGGUGCAUGCGACCAAACCGUCCGCAUCGCGUAAGGAGUCGGCUGAAAUCUUCGUCAUAUGUCAGUACUUUAAGGCGCCGGAUAAGAUUGAUCCUCGAUUUUUGGAUUCGAAGUAUGUGUUUGAAGAGCUGGACAUUGAAUCGAAGGACAUUUCGUCGAGUAACAUCCUUAAAGAUUUGGAGCGCAAAACCAGGAAACCGAAGGUGGAAGGAUACGACAGUACGGACGUGAGGAAGAUCGUUACGGCGCUUGAGUACAUGCAGAACGAUAAACCACUAGCACUGUUGAGUCGGAUAACGGAAAUUGCUUUCACAGCUAAAGAUGCAGCAAUAGCAAACCAUCCCCGUACGACCACAGAAUUGAAGGAAUGUUGUAAAGAUAUAAAGAUUCUUGGACGAAAGGAUAUAAAGGAUCUGUUGCGCUGGCACAAGUUGGUAAGUCCCGACUAUGUUAUAUCCAGCGAAGAAAAGCCGGAUGACAAGAAGAAGAAAGGCGAUGGUAAAGAUGGUUCGAAGGAUGAUCAGGAGACGGAUGUGGAUGAGGACAUUGUGGAGUUGAAAAAGAUUGAAAAAGAAAUAGCAGCCCUGCAAGAAGAAGACGAACGGAAUUCGAAGCGAAAGCGUAAGCAGACCAACAAGGAACGUUCGAAACUGAACGAAAAGCUGAGUCUGAAGAUGGUCAUUAAGGGCGAUGCAGGACCGACCGAACAGGGCGACGAUUUAGUGUUCUCGCUAAAGGACGUCGGUAGCAGGCAGCAGCUGGAAAGCAUGCUCGAUCAACCUCCGGACAUUGUGGUGGAGGAUGAAGAAAUGCCUUACGAAGACGAUGGUAAGGAUAUGUAUGUACGGUACGAUCGUGAAACGAAGGGUGAUCUGUUUGAGGAUCAUAAACUGCUUGCCGCACGACCCGACAACGAUUCGGAGGUGGAUUCGGAUUUCGAUGAGAAGGGGUUGGCGAUGGAUUCCGAUGAAGAGCUGAGCUUCGAAGAGGACGAAGAUGCUAAGGAUCCUUCGGAUGAUGAGGACCGCAAUCCGUUGUUAACCGAUUUGGACUAUCGGAACAAAACGGACAAACGACUCCAGAGAGCACAGCUGUGGUACGAACAGGAUGCUUUCAAAAAGCAUAACCUUGAUACGAACGAUGAGGAGGUGGAUUACGAUUUGGACAAGUUGAUCGAGGCGUACAAGAAGGCCGGCGUGAAGGUUCUGGGUGCGGAAAAGGAUACAAAGAAUAAGGAACCGCUUGGAAAGAAGGCACGCCGCCGUGCAAAGCAUGAUAUGGACAGGGACGAUCAUUCGAGCGAUAACGAUACGAGUAGCUCAUCCGAUGAGGAAGAACCACUGGCAGGAAAGAUAGGCACGAUGGUACAUAACACGGUGGAAACGGUCGGCAACGGAGACGGUGGAUUUGAGAUUGUUUCCUCGGAAAAGGUGCGCAAACCGAAAAAGAUUAAACUGAACGAAAACGAGCUAGCGUUGGGACAGAUGUUGAUUACGGGCAAGAAGAUGCGCCGUGAUAUUAUCGAUUCCGCCUUCAACCGGUACAUGUUUAAUGAUGAAAAUUUGCCCGAAUGGUUCGUGAAGGACGAGCUGGAAACGAUGAAACGGGCACUGCCCGUACCAGAGGAUACGGUUGAGCAGUAUCGCAAAUCGAAAGACGAGUUUAAUGUACGCACGAUUAAGAAGGUGAUGGAAGCGAAGGCGCGUAAAAAGCGACACGCCGGCAAGCGGUUGGAGAAGAUCAAGAAAAAGGCGGAAACGAUCAUGGAGAAUGUGGACAAUACGAACCAGGAGAAGAUUCGUCUACUUAAGAAGCUCUACAAAAAGGCGGACGCAAAGAAGAAGGAGGUGACAUACGUUGUGGCGAAGAAGACGGGCGUUAGCGGCAAGAAGGUGCGCCGUCCGAAGGGUGUUGAGGGUCGGUUUAAGGUGGUCGAUCCGCGCAUGAAGAAGGAUAAAAGGAGCGAGGUGGCGAAAGAAAAACGUUCCAAGAAGUUUGGCAAGGGUUCCGGUAAGGGUAAGGCUAAAGGUAAUCCGAAGGGAAAGGCAAAAGCGGGCGGAGCUCGGAAGAAGUAAUGUGUAGGGUUGGUACACCGUAUAUGAAGAGAUAUUGCACGAAGAGAGCAAUUUACUUCAAACAAAUAUAGACAUAUUUAAUAAAGUUACAAUAAAACUAUUA